AUGGCGUGUGCAGCCCGUAGGUUUAUUGUGUCCCUGGGGAGCCGAUUGCCUUUCAACACCGUGCUAACACCACCACCUGUCAACACCACCUACCAAAAAACACCACCACCUGCCAACAACCACCACCUACCAACACCACCACCUACCAACACCACCACCUGCCAACAACCACCACCUGCCAACAACCACCACCUGCCAACAACCACCACCUACCAACAACCACCACCUACCAACACCACCACCUGCCAACAACCACCACCUACCAACACCUGCCAACAACCAACAACUAAUGAAGCCUUCAGUCCUUCUGGCUCUGUUUGCCAACAUGAUCGCCAUCCCCAGCCUUGUGUGUACAUCCUCCUCCUCGCAUCUGUUUCACCACACCAACAAGCUAUAUAUGUUCUCAAUGCCACGGUCGGCGCGCCGCUGUUCCUCCGGUUCCAGUGGCGGAAACUUUUGUCGGGUUGA